ACCCGAAUGCAAUGCAAGGCUUAUGGUCUGGGUAUCGAACCGGGGUCUCACAGAGUGAAAGGCAGGGACAGAAACCACGAGCCAACCCGACUACCCGUAGCAUUGCUAAAUAAGACCUCCGUUCAAAAACGACUCAUUUUUACAAGAUGGGGACACUUUGUUCGAGUUUAAAGUACCUGUUUCUCUCAGUAUAUAUUCGGUCGACCUUUCUAGACAGAUUGGUGCUGAUAUGACCUUAGCAGCAGAAUAUUAUGAUCCACAUACAGGUCCUGGGUACACUUCACCCCCAGCUGACAUAGAACCAAUUGCAGACAUUGAUGCAGAAUCAGGCAAGAAACUCACCAGAAAACAAAGACGAAAGUUGAACAAAGAAGUUACAUUGAAGGAAACCGGUGAGACGUCUGAUGAGUAUGAUUCAAGAUGGGUCUCUAUUUACAUUGUGUAUCUUUGCGUCUUCCUCUCAGGAACUGGUUUUUCGCUGAUCCUGCCCUCUGUCUGGCCAUAUUUACAAGAAGUAGACUCAACAAGCACGACUAACUUCCUUGGAUUCACAGUGGCUUCAUUCGGCCUGGCCCAGUGCAUCGGCUCACUGGUCUUCGGCUGGUGGGCAGACUACUUCAAGUCAGUCAAGAUGGCGCUGAUCUACUCCGCAGGGCUGACUUUCAUCGGUAACAUGGUCUACUUUCUGGCAGACUUUGUCCCGACUAACGGCCGAUGGGUCGUGUUGGCUGGACGUUUCUUUAUCGGUCUUGGGGCUGGGGAUGUUGCUCUUGGUCGUACCUAUGUGGCUUCAGCAACUACAGUCCGUGAACGCACGGACGCUGUAGCUCUUAUGAGUGCAUGCAUCUCCAUUGGCUAUAUUGCUGGACCAUUGUUGCAGACAGCGUUUGCCACCAUUGGUUAUCCCGGCUGGUCCUUUCUUAAUAUGUACUCCGUGCCAGUCCUAUUCAGUGCAGUUAUUGGAAUUGUCAACAUUGCUCUGAUUGCCAUCAAAUUCUACGAUGCACCUGUAGCUGAUAGGAUGCUAAAGGAACAAGAGAAGUUAAGGAAAGGCAGUGUAGCAGCCGACGUCUUGGAGAAUGGAAAGGAUGGAGCUAAGAUUGAGAAGGGUGUGGAUGGAAUGAAAGAUGAUAACCACAAUACUGAUGGUGAGAAACGAGGCAGCACAUCCAGUGAUAGCAGUGGCUCUUCAUACUUCGAGGAUGACAGUGGCGCCAAACUUGACAUUGUCGCUGUCAUCGUCAUUAAUAUCCUGUUCUGUGUCACAUCAUUCAUAUUCAGUGCACUGGAUACUGUUGGAACUGCUCUGGUAAUGGACAUGUACGGUCUGAACCAAGAAGACGCCAUCUUAUAUCAAGGCAUCUUACUCGCCUCAGUCGCAUGUCAGUUCAUCGUCGUUGUCCUCCUUCUUAAACCAUUGAAAAAGUUAAUGAGUGAGAGAGCAAUCUUCAUGUUGGGAUAUGUCAUUGCUACUAUUGGAAUAUUUGUCAUGAUACCAUGGGGAGAUAUACCACUGCAGGACAUUUCAGAAGGACAAGAUCAAGAUCUAUUUGAUGAGUUCCUUGGUGGGGUAAGCCCUUGGCCCGAGGUCUGCGGGGACUCGGACCCUGUCAGCGCAUUGACCAACCCGGCCAACCAGGCCGUGGGGAUCUUCAGCGGACCCACAGGGGUAGGCGGUGGUAAUCUAACCUAUGGGGUAUGCUGGGAGCUGUAUGAAUGGUGUUGUUACGUUCCACGUAUCUACAUCUCACAGUACUUGAUAGGGUUCUUGCUGGCUAUGGGGGUGUCUUAUGGGUUCUGUUUCAUCAUGGCGUCUACGAUCUACUCCAAAGUACUUGGAACAAGCAAUCAGGGUAAAAUGAUGGGCUACCUCACAGCAGCCGGUAGCCUUGCUCGUAUCAUCGGCCCAAUCUACAUGGGUCAGAUGUACAGCACAGUGGGCCCACGGCUCUCCCUAGCAAUAAUACUUGCCAUGCUGAUACUCUCCGUGUUCCUGGGUGCUUGGCACUACUCUAAGUUUGUCCCGUAUGGAACCAAAGAACUUUUUAAGAUUCACUACUCAGACAUGGAGGGGUAUGGACAGAGGAAGAGUAGCACGGCUAAGGGUGAGGUAAAUCCGACAUUCCAGGGUGACGGGAUUGAGAAUAGUUAUGCUACUGUGGAUGAGUCUGAUACUGUCCAGGUAUCCGUUACCGUCAACGAGCCUGCUACAGUCGAUGAGUCAACUGCUCUAUAAAUUCAUGGGAUAAGUUUGUGGAAUUGCUGAAAGAAUAAGCAGUGAGAUCGGAAAGAGAAAAUGUAACUGUUAGGGGCUUCGCAGGCCUACUUCUGUGCCAUCUAGUCUUUAUCUAGGUGCCGUUCAAAAUGUUGGGUUUUGCUUAUGGACAAUGCCUUUCACAACAGGGUUAUUCCACAUUUUUAAGGAAGUUGUGCUAGGAGUAUUUUUUAGAGGAAACUGGUACACAAGUGAAAUCUUUUUUGGGAAAGGGUGAUGAGAGAAGUUGUGAUCUCUAAUAUCCAAAAUGCAUACACUUCGAAAAUCAUGAAAAGCUUUCAGUUUUACCUUAUGUUGUGAUUACUUAUGCCAGAUUGUUGGUCGAGUUCAAGUGGGGUUCAUUAAUUCAUAAACUUGCAAAUUGUUCUGAUCAAUAUUUUACUGUUUUUUUUUUAUUGUUUAUACAAAUAUUUAAACGAUUUUUCAUUACUAUUACUCAGUUAAAUGUGCAGA